AUGGGGGGAGGCGGCAGUAUCGAGCAAGGCCAUGUUGCGCCACCAAGCAUCGAGUACCACACGGACAUCCCCGCCUCGUCCGUGACGACAGGCACCGACGCACAAGCCCGCGUAAUUCGGUCGAUCUCGUCUUCCGACCGUGUGAUCCAGUGCACGCGCGUGACCAUGAACAGUUCCCAUUUUGCCAUUUCGCACCGGUGGCAAAACCGCGCUCAGUGCGACGUGUACACAGUCCAGUGUGACGACGAGCCGCCGUACACGUGCGAAUUGUUUCCCGACGAAGUCGUCAACUUGGAGCAAUACGUGGCGAAACUGGGCUACGUCUGGCUGGAUUAUGUCUGCAUCGAUCAGUCCAGCGACGCAGACAAGGUCGCCCAGGUCAACAUCAUGGGCCAAAUAUACGCAAACGCGACGUCGAUUGUGCUGGGGGCGGGGCUGCACCCGACAAUGCCGCCGCGCGACUACCUCAAGCGCGCGUGGUGUUUUCAAGAGCGCAUGUUCGGUCCGAUUCGAUUUGUAUGGGACAUGGACGCGCAAGACUUGGACCAUCUCACGGAAUUUGCCAAGGACAUUGCGCUGCGUGUGUCCGGCUUGUCCGAAAGCAUCUCGUUCAUCGACCGCAAGUACGACUACAACGAGGACUGGCGCAUCGCCACGCUGCGGAAGAUUCCUCAAAAGUACCCUCAAACUGCGGCGCUGUGCAAUCAAAUGGAGCAUCAUAUUCGAGACCACCGCAACGACCACUCGCAGCGACAAAUUGCCAUCACGGCCCUGCGCAUCCGCGAGCUCGUCCCGUGCGACCACCCGAUCGUGACCAGCGAAUGGAACUUGUUCCUCUUUGACUGCCAAGCCAGUAUUGAAAAAGAUCGGCUGUACGGCACGUGGGGCGUCCCAAUGUACCAACUCAACGUUCCCCUCAGCUACGACUACCCAGACGCCACGUGGCACCAAAUUGCCAAGCACUUUCCCGAAGCGGACUACGCAUUCCAUGCCCCCCACGACGCCCCCGAUCAGCCGCAUGGUGGAUUCAGCGGCUUUGGAACCGUGACGCAGCUGAUGUGCCACAUCAUGAAGUAUGCGCCGCUUCGCCCUGGCACGCACGCAAAGGCCCCGAUUGGGGGCACGCAGUACACGAUGGCCCAUUCGUCCGAAGUGUGCGGGAUCGUAUGGGACGAAGCGUACGUCGGCAUAGCGUGGAACAAGCACCCCCCGAUCCAAACUUUCCACUUCAUCGCGUCCAAGGAAUGCAUUCGCCGGGGCAAGGGUGUGGGAGGCGAAGCAGGGCCGGUCAAAAAGUACAUUCGACUCAUUGAACGGCUGCGCAAACUCGGGGCAAACAUCCCCCACUGGACAGUCACGUUUGAGCUCAAGGCGUUCUUGGAGAAGAUUGCUGACGCCUAA